CCAAUAUAUUAGACGGGUAUCCUAACUAGAACGACGCUUAACCGAGAGAAAACGUGGGAAUGUCGUGCUCCAGAUGAGAAAACUUUGUAUUUUGAAUGAUUUGAAUCUACUUACCUUUUGAAGUGUAGUUUAUUGUCUCGUUUUGCAGGGGACAUUUGGACAUACUGUUUGUCCUGGAAAGCACAACAGAAUGCCCAAGUUAACAGCAGACUUAAUUGAGCAGAGCUCACAAUACACAAACGCGCUGCGAGAAAGGGAACUCGAUUUGCGUGGUUACAAAAUCCCACUGAUUGAGAAUUUGGGAGCCACCUUGGACCAGUUUGAUACCAUCGAUUUCUCAGAUAAUGAUCUCAGGAAACUGGAAGGGUUUCCCUUACUGCGUCGACUGAAAUGCCUGUUGCUCAACAACAACAGAAUAUGUCGGAUCACCGAGGGCUUAGAGCAGAACCUGCCCCGUCUUGAUUCUAUCAUCCUCACCAACAACCUCAUGCAAGAACUGGGUGACUUGGAUCCCAUGGCAAGUAUCAAGACACUUACAUCAUUAAGCUUGUUAAGAAAUCCAGUGACGAGUCGGAAGCAUUACCGGUUGUACACCAUCCACAAGAUACCACAGAUCCGGGUGCUGGACUUCAGAAAAGUACGACAAAGAGAACGAGAAGCUGCUGCACAUCUGUUCAAAGGCAAAAAAGGACAACAGUUGUCCAAAGACCUUGGCAGGAAAUCUAAGACGUUUGUACCAGGGGCACCCGUGGGUGGUGAGGGGGACGCAAAGCCUGGACCAUCACCGCAGGAUUACGCUGCUAUCAAGGCUGCCAUCGUCAAUGCCAAAUCUCUGGAGGAGGUUGAGAGAUUGAACCAAAUGCUCAAGACAGGACAGGUUCCAGGGAAAGACGCCCACAACAAAAACCAAACAGAAGAGAUGGAAGAGGAAGAAGAAGUGGAGGAGGAGCAAGACAUGGACCAGGCUCCGCCCCCAGGAGUGGUCAAUGGGGCAGUCACGCUGUAGCAGGAUCAGGCUCCGCCCCCGGGAGUAGUCAAUGGGGCAGUCACACUGUAGCAGGACCAGGCUCCGCCCCUGGGAGUGGUCAAUGGGGCAGUCAUGCUGUAGCACGAUCAGUUAGGACAUGCUGAAAUUUGACAAAAACUCUCUGAAAUCAUUCCUUUAUGGUCACACUACUACAGCCUUCAAAACACCUCAUUAUAUGAGAAUGCAGUCAAGGGUAUUUCAAGUAUUCAAAAAGAAUUGGAUAAUUUGCACAUGUAUACAUUUGAGCACAAGAAAUGCUGUAAAACGUGGUCUGGUCCAAAGUUUUGUACUGACUUCAGAACAAGUACCUUCCUUUGAUUUCAUUUGUCCGUUUCCAUGAAAGUCGUUGAUUGUUUGGCCCAAACUGGACUCUACUUUAUCUUGAUAUAUGUACUCGUGACUGGAACACUGGCUUAAAGGGACACUGGGUCCUGGAACAGACCA